ACAAGGCCACUCAGUGAGAGAAAAACACGACACAGGAGGGGAAAAAAACCAAAAAACGCAAGAUAUUGGGGAUGUGAACGAAGGAGAGUGCGCACGUGCGCGUGGUCACUCGUGGCCAAUCGUCUCCUCGGGACUUUUUCUCUCCUCCUCGUGCCAAUGAGGAUAAAAAGCUCGUUUGACUAAAGCACGACAGGCUGUUUUCCCUGAAAGCUCUCACGAUGCUGCAGCUGUUGACAUUCCUGGUGGAGAAGCUUUCCCUUCUCUCCAAAUUCAAACUAUUUGAGUCCAGCUGGUCGGACUUAGACGACCAGGACCGGGAGCGCCAUGCGCAGCGGGGUCCCCCACCGCUCCUGCGGAGGGGAGACCUGCUGGAGGUCCCCAGAACCAUUUUCACCCACUACGGCAUCUAUUUAGGUGACCAUAAAGUCGCUCACCUGAUCCCUGACAUCCUCCCCGCGCUUACAAACGACAAGAAGCUCAUCAGCUCUGUCAUUACGAACAAGAGACUCAUCCUCGGCUGCAUCUACAAGUGUGCCACGGUGCGUGUGGACACCUUGGAGGACUUUGCAUAUGGCUCCAAGAUACUGGUUAACCGCAUGGAUACAAUGAUGAAGAAUCGAGCGUUUCCCAAUGAAGACGUCGCCAGGAGGGCUGAAAAACUCCUCGGAGCGAUUCCGUACAGCCUGCUGUGGAAUAACUGUGAACACUUUGUCACAUACUGCAGAUACGGAUCUGCAGCGAGCCGGCAAACAGAGAAGUUCUGUGAGUGCUUGAAAUCAAUCAUCAGAGACCAGAGGAGCGUUAUUGUCACAGUCAUUCUUGGAAUUGUCUCCAUCGUCUGUUAUGGCAUGGCGCCGUCAACUACAUUACCCACAAUCCUUAUUCCCUUUGCUCUGUGGAUGGCUGGUUAAAGGAGUUCAGCACAAAGAAAACCUGAAAUUAAACUGAACUUUUACCUGGCAAAGACUGAUCAGAAAACUCCUCAGGAUGCUUGCCUCAUGUGUCCGUUAUAUAGUGUUGACAGAUGUUUAAUAUUUUGUGUAGUUUCCUAUUUGUCCUCUCAUGAAAGUGUGGGGAAAUAUAUUGAUUGUUUGAUAUAGGAACGAAUGAUUCGAUUUUUCUAACAUCUGAGUCACCACGAAAUUUAAUAUGCAGUUUACAGCAAGAUUUUGUAUGUAUAUACAGUACAUAUAGUGGUUAUUUUAUAGUAGUAUACUUAAUAUAAUGUUGUAAAUAUGACAAAUGUUUAAUAAACAAUUUAUUUUUACUUGUGUGCCUCGUGUGACCCUCCA